AUUCAUGACUAGCUAUACCACUUUUUCUCCUUUUCUUUUUGAAAAGAAGACUAUAAAAUCCGUUCAAAUAAUAAUGGCUUGGCACCUUGCAUUCAGCUUUGGCCGAAAUUAAGCCCGUGCGAGCAGCAACACUACUGCACUGCACUAGCCACAAGGGCGUGGCAGAUCGAGGAGGAGGUGAAAGAAGAUGCCGUUCAAGCUUCUCCGGACGCGUCGUGCUGCCGCGCAAUGCCACCUCUCGCUGCUGCUGCUGAAUCUCGUUCCCGGGCUCCUGCUUCUGCCGCUCCUCUCGCGCUCGGCCGCGGCGCAGAAGGUGGUCACACAUCUUCCGGGCUUCGAUGGCCCGCUGCCCUUCUACCUCGAGACCGGGUACGUGGGCGUGGAGGAGCAGACCGGCACGGAGCUCUUCUACUACUUCGUGGAGUCCGAGAGGAGCCCCGCCACGGACCCCGUGGUCCUCUGGCUGACGGGCGGGCCCCGCUGCUCUGUCUUCAGCGGCCUCGCCUUCGAAGUUGGUCCUGUAAAGUUCGUGUUGGAACCUUAUAUCGGAGGCGUCGGUUUGCCGAAGUUGGUACAUAACCCGCUGUCGUGGACCAAGAUGUCAAGCAUCCUCUUCUUGGAUUCGCCUGUCGGCUCGGGCUUCUCGUAUGCGCGCGAUCCCAAAGGCUAUGAUGUCGGAGACUACUCGUCCUCUCUGCAAGUCCAAAGGUUUCUGAAUAAGUGGUUCACUGAUCACCCGCAGUACCUUUCAAAUCCUUUCUAUCUUGGAGGAGAUUCAUAUGCUGGAAUGGUGAUCCCACUCAUUGCACAGAACAUUUCUGAAGGAAUUGAGAAAAGGCAGCAGCCUCUUAUUAAUCUCAAGGGAUACCUGGUUGGCAACCCUAAAACAGACCCGAAAUUUGAUAAUAAUUUCAAAAUUCAGAGUGCUCAUGGCUUUGGGAUAAUAUCUGAUCAAAUAUAUGAGGCUGCAAGGAAGAACUGCAAAGAAGAUUAUGUGAACCCGGAGAAUCAAAUGUGUGCUGAGGUGCUACAUACUAUCAAUAGUCUCAUUUCUGAAAUUGCAGAUGCGCACAUCUUGUACAAAAAAUGUGUCGUCGCUGUGCCAAAACCAUUGGAGGAUGAUUCAGGAAGAAAAUUUUUGUUAGAAGAAUCCAUCCAGCUGAACCAGCCUCCCGGUCGACCUACUGUCGAUUGUUUUACAUAUGGUUACUACCUGGCAUACUUUUGGAUGAACAACAACUUGACUAGAGAUGCUCUCGGGAUCAAGGAGGGAACGAUCGGUGAGUGGAUAAGGUGCAACAGAGGGCUCCCAUACACAUAUGAGAUGCCAAGCAGCAUACCAUACCAUCUCAACCUCACCAGGAGGGGUUACCGUGCACUCGUGUACAGCGGAGACCAUGAUCUGGAGGUGCCAUUGCUCGGCACGCAGGCAUGGAUAAGAUCCUUGAACUUCUCCAUCGUUGACGACUGGAGGGCAUGGCAUCUCGAUGGCCAGGCUGCAGGGUUUACAAUAACAUACGCGAACAAUUUGACCUUUGCGACAGUGAAGGGUGGUGGUCAUACUGCUUCAGAGUACCAGCCUGAAGAAUGCUUUGCCAUGGCCCGACGGUGGCUGGACCUUGAGCCUCUCUGAUGCCACUGCUUUCACCGCUUUCUUUUUCUUUGUUAGAGCAGAUCUUUCCGUAUGUUUGCUUCUCUCGAUCUGUAAAUAUGAAUUCAGAGAUAAUGUAUCAAAUGAAGUUCAUCUUGGAACGAUCUCAAGAUAGCAUCGCAACUGAAAGUGGAGGCUUCGGUACCUGAAAGAAGUGUAUGCUGCUGAAGACACGGUCUCAAGAUAGCAUGGCAACUGGGGUUCUUUGAUGCAAAGAGGCGGAGUGGGGAUUAAUCUAGAAGGACUGGAAAAAGAAUGUAACCGUUACCUGAGAGUUCCCUUGGAAGAAUGGUUUUCCACAGUUUCUUCAUCUUUAAGAAAUAAGAUUGCUGUCGUUUACAUGUUCCAUCAA